UGUAAGCUUCAGUCAUCAUUUAUUGUAAUUAAAUAGAAAAGUUUGACCAGCAGUCUUCAGAACUUCAUCUUUUGUGUUUCACAGAAGAAAGUAAGUCAUACGGUUUUGAAACUCUAUUGAGGUCAGUAAAUGAUGUCAGAGUUUUCAUUUUUAGUGAACUAUGCCUGUAAAUAUGGUACUUUCACAAGCCGUGAGGUAACUAGGUUAUCAUGUCACCUGUGAAAACAGAGCUUGCGUAUGUGCUAGGUUGAGAUGAGUACAACAAACUCCCAAGUCUGAAAUCAUCCUCUCACCCUUACGUAGUGGUGGAUUUUGUUCUUUAUGCUUGAGAGUGGGAUUCGUGUUUGCUUGAGUGUGACCUUUGCCCUACAAGAACUAAAAAGAGAACCUAAUCCCUGGGUCCCCCUGAUGUGGCGAUGUAAGAACGGAGAUCCCUUUCCCUCCACUCUUGAUCAGAGGCGUAUUCUCCUCUAUGAGCGCUAAGCCACUGGACACACAAUGAGUGGAUAAAGAUAAGCCUCCAGCUUGUGUUGACACUCUCAUUGAGCCCCAUAAUGCACUGCUCCGGAUCGCUCUCAUAAAGACCCGGCUCCUCUUUUUUUUACAAGCCAUCUUCGAAUGGUCGCACAAAAUGGCUUGAUUUUCUGUGUUUUUAUCCUGACACUUUCAUUGCUCGUUUUUCGUGUGAUGUUUAAGACCGCAUUUGCAGUCCAUCACCCCUAAAGCUAGGUAAAGAGCUACAUGUCACCCCCAUCUCCUGCUGAGGGUCACUUUUAUUAGCUUCAUUGAUAAAAGCCUGCCUGUACACAGAAAAUAGCUGGUAGAUCUUGGUAGAUUUUUUUUUUUCCUGGAUGGAGAAGUGUUUUAUUUAACUGAUAGGAUUUUUUCUUUUUUUGUCCCCAGUUUUAUGGUGCUGAUAAGGCAUCUGGGGAAAGUAUAUAAUAAAACGGUACAGUUUCUUUUGUAGAGGGACAAAUAGUAGGACGGUUCCCUUUCUCACUAUAUAUCAUCACUGUAUAUGCUUUCCAAUCUUUGAUUUAUAUAUUCAAGCAAAAUAUGAAUCUCUGACUUUUAUAUUUUAGGAACUUUGAAAAACACUUGCAGAGUUGAUAUCAGUUUAAAAAAUACUAAUGCGACUAAAAUAACGUCCGGUUUUCAUUUCAUUCACGCACAGAAGCCCUGAGGGACAUGAACUGUAUUCGAAUCCUCCUCACAUCUGUUAAUAGAUGGGCGAACAUGUCGUGACUAGUCUCCCAGACUCAACUUUAUAGGUAUUUAUAGUGAUUUGGACACAAUCACAUUCAAAUGCCAAAUGCCACAUGUUCUGAGAGGUCUAAAGCUUGUUUGGAGAUGGACUCGCCCAGACAGUGUCAAUCAUAGUGCUAAGCCUUUGCUCUGAAUCUUCUGUCUGAGAAACCAGCGGGGGGGUGUCCUCUUCAAAUCUGCUCCCACCUCCCCUCCCCUUCCUGUUUUUGCCCUCUUCUCCACUGGCCACCGCUUUCUUUAAAAAGCCAUAUGCUUCCCAGUUAGACUUCAGCGUGUGCACACAUACACAUACGCCAAGGCUGCAACACAUAUGAGGAUUACCUAUUAACCUUGUCCAGCUGACUGAAAGACAUACGGUUGGUGGAACUUUAACCGAGGGAUGCAUCAUUGAUCAUUGACUUGUUCUGCUUGGCCCCUGAAGUCUGUGAGCUUGGGAACUUGAGAUGAACAGAUGUGCUGUAAAGAAGAAAAGUCAGCCUAUGUGCCGGAGGACGAGCUUAAGGCAGCUAAGAUAGAUGAGGAGCACCUGCAGGAUGACGGACUCUCCUUAGACGGUCAGGACGCAGAGUACCUGUGUAAUGAAGAAGACGAUGGCCAUGAACAGCUGAGCUACCAGAACUCUCCACUCAGCAAUGGCACCAACCCAGACGCCGGCUACGCCUCACCCCUCAGCGACACCAGCGAUCACCUGGCUGACUUCAAAAGCACCUCCUCCAGAGAGGGCCAGGAUAAAGAGGAGGUUGAAGACAUGGAGUCAGACACUGGACUAUCUUUGCAGGACAGCCUGGCACAGAUGAAAGCAGUCUAUGCAAACCUGAUUUCUGAUGCUUCCUGGUCGAGUAUCACAAAGGACAUUAUGAAAGGCAAGCAGGUUAGCGCUAGUACCACUAACAGUACUCCAAGCAGCCACAAGGGGAACAACAGCACUGCAAACAGCCAUGCAAGCAGCAUGACAAGCAGCGGAGCUAGCAGCAGCAGCAAUGCUAGUGCUAGCUUGAAGACAAAUGUGACGCCAAGCAGCAAUUCUACAAAAGCCACUGCAUUAAACAAUGCCAGCAAUGGACCCAUCAACGGUGCUAACAGUGGGGGUGUUGCAUAUGACUGGCACCAAGCAGCUCUUGCUAAAACCUUACAGCAUAUGCCCUACCACCUCAUGCCUGAACCAAGUCUAUUCAGCACAGUGCAGCUGUACCGACAAAACAAUAAGCUGUAUGGGCCUGUCUUUACGGGUGCCAGCAAGUUCAGAUGUAAGGACUGUAGUGGAGCCUAUGACACGCUUGUAGGUCUCACUGUGCACAUGAAUGAAACAGGCCAUUACCGCGAUGAUAACAAGGACAAGGAGGAGGAAAAGGGUAAGAAAUGGUCCAAGCCGCGGAAACGAUCCUUAAUGGAGAUGGAGGGCAAAGAAGAUGCUCAGAAAGUCCUGAAAUGCAUGUAUUGCGGCCACUCGUUCGAAUCCCUACAGGACUUGAGUGUCCACAUGAUCAAAACUAAACACUACCAGAAAGUGCCUCUCAAAGAACCAAUGCCAGCUCUUGCCUCAAAGCUGAUGCCCUCCACCAAAAAACGAGCGUUCCAGGACCUGAUGUCUCCAUGCUCACCUGAGUCAAUCUCAAGCACCCCUGGCAUUCCACUGGCAGAGACUGCACCCACCAAAGAUCAGAAGAUUUCAAACCCAUAUGUCACAGCUAAUAACCGUUACGGCUACCAAAACGGUGCGAGUUAUACCUGGCAGUUUGAGGCCCGAAAAGCUCAAAUUCUUAAGUGUAUGGAGUGUGGGAGUUCCCAUGACACCUUGCAGCAGUUGACAGCCCAUAUGAUGGUGACUGGACAUUUUCUCAAAGUCACAAACUCCGCCUCUAAAAAGGGUAAGCAAUUAGUGUUUGACCCUGUGGUGGAAGAGAAAAUCCAAUCCAUUCCACUUCCACCCACGACAACACGUCUGCCGGCUCCAACUAUCAAGUCCCAGCCUGAUUCACCAGUACACCCAUCUGCCAUGGAUGAAAGGAAAGAGUCAGAAGAGGAGAAAGUGGAGGAGCCUGAGGAGAAGAAAAUCAAGCAAGAGAAAGAGGAUCCUGCUGAGAAGGUGGAAAAGAUAGAGAAACCCAGCCGUUACAAAUAUCUAAGAGAAGAGGAUCUUGAAGAGUCUCCUAAAGGUGGACUAGAUAUUCUCAAGUCAUUAGAAAAUACGGUUUCCAGUGCAAUCAGUAAGGCUCAGACUGGUGCACCCACCUGGGGUGGAUAUCCCAGCAUUCAUGCUGCCUACCAGUUCCAAGGGUCUGUGAAAUCAUCUAUACCUGCUGUCCAGAGUGUCCAGAUUCAACCAACAUUCAACGCCAGCAACUUGAAAUCUUUGACCUCUGACUCCAGCACUCUGAUCCAUUCUCCAAGCAGCCCAUCACCACCUCCAAACCAUAAAAGCAAUGUCCUAGCCAUGGAAGAGUUGGUGGAGAAAGUAACAGGAAAAAUCCAUUCAAAGAAAGACAGGGAUGAAAAAUCAACUGAACGUGGUUCCAAACAUCUCACUGCUGAAUUACCCUCUCCUGUUCUCAAAGACCGAAAGGACCUGCCAAGACCAGAUGAUCUUAGCAAGCCAACAAAAAAUGGCACGGUGGAUAAAGACCUAGAGCACGUUCCGGUUCGGGAAGGAGAAUACAAAGAAAGCCAUGCCGAUAAUCCUCUAAAGAAUGGAACAGAUGUCCUCAAAACGCAAGUCAGCAAUGGUUGCAGUAAUUUAGGAAUCAUCACUGACCACUCACCAGAACAGCCUUUAGUCAACCCCCUCAGUGCAUUGCAGUCUAUCAUGAACACUCAUUUGGGUAAGGCCUCCAAAACAGUCAGCCCACUCCUAGACCCACUAGCAAUGCUGUACAAGAUCAGCAACAACAUGAUGGAAAAGCCCAUGUACAAUCCAGCUCAGGUCAAGCAAGUCGAGCCCAUAAACAGAUAUUAUGACAAUGAAGACGAUCAGCCCAUGGACUUGACAAAGGCUAAAAGUGGCAACGGGCCCACAAACAAUUGUUCAUUCACUGUUAUCAGCAACAACAACAGCAACAUCACAAACAGCACCCGACCCAUCUUGUCCACGCUGACUGAAUCAGUCUCAUCUCCUCUUCGGGAGAAUGCCCUAAUGGACAUAUCUGACAUGGUGAAGAACCUCACGGGUCGCCUGACGCCAAAGUCGUCAACCCCUUCCUCUGUAUCUGAAAAGUCGGAUGCAGAUGGCUGUGCUUUUGAGGAUGGCCUGGAGGAUCUUUCACCUGUUCAGAAGAGGAAAGGCAGGCAAUCAAACUGGAACCCUCAGCAUCUGCUGAUUCUUCAGGCUCAGUUUGCAUCCAGCCUCCGGGAAACCCCUGAUGGAAAGUACAUUAUUACAGACCUAGGUCCUCAGGAGCGUGUACAUAUUUGUAAGUUUACAGGUCUCUCCAUGACCACCAUCUCCCACUGGUUGGCGAACGUCAAGUACCAACUCAGGCGGACAGGUGGAACCAAGUUUCUGAAGAACAUAGACUCGGGCCAGCCACUGUUUCUGUGUAGUGAUUGUGCCUCCCAGUUCAGAACUCCAUCCACAUACAUUAACCACUUAGAGUCCCACUUGGGCUUUAGCUUGAAGGACCUCUCAAAGUUAUCAAUAGACCUCAUAAGAGACCAGCAGGCAGUCACUAAAAUGAUCACAGAUAAGACAUUUAGUGUCCUUGGCUUGACUGAGGAGGACUCUAAUUCCAUAUUUCAGUGCAAACUGUGCAAUAGGACUUUUGUCAGCAAGCACGCAGUGAAACUGCACCUAAGCAAAACGCAUGGAAAGUCACCGGAGGACCACCUGAUCUUUGUUACUGAGCUGGAAAAGUUAGAAAAAGCCUAAGGAAAGCAGGCUGGUGGCAGUGAAGUGACUGGAUUGAGAAUCAUUGCACUACAUCACUGUACUGCACUGCACCUGAACUGAGCCUUCAAAAUCAGUCCAACUUCUGUCGUGAAACUGCCUGAUUGGACCAUGAUCUGUUUCGAUUUUUUUUCCCUCGUUUUUUUAGUCUCUUGAUUUCUAUCUCCUGCUUUGUACUGUAUUUAUCUGAUAUGUGUCGGUUAUGUGCAUGUUUUUUUUUUUUCUUUAUUUUCUUUCGGAGUGACUUAAUUCAAACAGAAUUUACAAUUUGUACUCUGUUGAAUUGGGAAUGAAACAAACAUGGUAUCCAUGGGCAUGGUCUAAAACAAAAUGGAAAAAGAACUGAAUAGAUCGAGUUGCGUUGUACUAAACUCUUACUAUACGUCAAAAAGACUGACUUCAUUGAUGCACUCCAUAGUGUUGAAUGUUAUGAGAAUAUGUAUAAAAUCAGACAGAGCUAUUUUGUUAAGUUGAGCUCCGAUUUUCAGAUAUUGGCUUGACAUAAAUCAAACUGCAACCCUUUGAAGUGAAAACAGUGCAUUGUAGAUUUUGAGUCUUCUAAACCUCGAAGGAUAUUGAAGAAUUUGAUGGGCUGCCUAUGAUUAUACACUUUGGUUUUUCAAAGGCAUUUCUUUGUUUUUAAUAAUCAUUGUUUUUUGUUGUUAAGUAUCAUUUUAUACAGUAGCAAUUUGAAACGUAUGCUUUGGUACCACUAUUUCUCUUUCUAUGGUUUCGCUUUGGUUUCAACCUGUAAAGACUUUAUUGAAAUCUUAUAUACAGCACAUAUAUUUAAAUGAUCAGCGAAGAUGUGUAAAUUUCCAUCAUCAUAUCUUGCCAAUUGCCGCAGCUCAACAUUGUUUGUAUGGUGUGCAUUCUUUUAUAUUGUCAUUUUAUAUAUAGUAAACGAAAAGGAAAUAAUAUGUACAGAGAUGUAUAUGCAGUAUAAGUGCUGUAGAACCACGAUUCAUCCUUUAGUUGAACUAAGUUCUCUGAUGUGGUAAAUAUGAAUUGACUGAAGGAGUUGCAUCGCUGUUGAUGCAUGGAUUAUGAGAGGGAAUCAAGCAAUGCAAAACAUGAAAUACAGUACAUUUCAAUGUUUUAUCAUACCAUUGUGAAAAGUCCCAUCAAUUCCCUUAAUUAAAAAGGAAAAAAAAUGUUUUUGUCCCUUAAUUGUAAAAUAAAACCUGAAGCAUUUCUUGAUUAA